GAGAACGUGAAGCGAGAGACACGUCGACGAACCUCCUUGUCGUUUUUCCCUCGAUGUCGGACACGGAAGGGAGCGAAGCCGGCAAGCAGGAACCGCCAUCGGGCAUUUCGGUGAAGAUCAGUCCCGUCAGGAGGCUCUGCAGGAUGGAUUCGAGUGAGGACUUGAAAGCAGCCGACGAAUCCCAGGUCGAGAGCGUGGUGGCCUGUCCGUCGGUCCUUCGGCAGUUAAGUGGGCAGUUAAGAGCUCCAACGAGAGGCGUGCGUGGGGGCGGGCGCGCUCUGCCGUCCCUGGCCACCGUCAGGAGUCGCUUGGUGUCACGCCCCUACUGGCGUCGGUGCCUCUGCUCUCCUGCCGAAGUGCCAACCAUAAGCGAGAGGGAACUGGCACCUCUGUUGGCACUCACUCCGGCACAUCGGUUCAUUGUGCUGGUUGUCACGAACACCAACGCUGACAGCCUCGGUUCCGUGGUGGUCGGCGGGGAGUCCCUACUGCAAGCCGUCUACGCCACCCAGAACGUGGCAGGCCUUCGCCCGUGCCUGCAGAGCCCCAGCGAACCGUCCUUGGCCUUCAUCAAGUACGACCUCGCACGACCCAGGGGCAGGCGGAGAGACAAGAAGGCUUCCUCGGCGCAGACCCCUCCUCAACGCGGGUCACCUCAAGAUCGGGAUGGUUCUGGUCAGUGUGGCUUCCGGGGGGGGGGUCCAGAGGCUUCUAGAGGCUUCUGGGGGGUUUCCAGAGGCUUCCGGGGGUUCCAGAAACUUCCAGAGGCUUCUGGGGGGUUCCGGGGGCUUCCAGAAGCUUCCAGAGGCUUCCUGGGUCUUCCAGAGGCUUCCGGGGGCUGCCAAAGGCUUCCUGGUUUUUUAAUGAUCCUUAUUAUCUACCAGAAGACCCGGAUGCUCUACUCUGGCUUCCCUCUUGCAAGCUACGGCUGCAGGAUGCAAGAUUUCCUGGGUUUCAUAUCCAAGCACACGCAAUAUAAUUUCAAAUUGAGAGCAGCUGGGUAUCCAGAUGGUUCUCUCUCGGCUCCCUCCAGGCAUGGCGACGUAUCUGAUGUUGGUACUUAG